AUGUCGGCCGAAGCAGACGUCAAGCUCAACGACUUCAAGAACAUCUUCUCGCUCGAUGGCAAGGUCGCUGUCAUAACGGGUGGAUCUCGAGGACUGGGACUGCACGCAGCUUCUGGCCUCCUCCAAGCCGGCUGCUCCCAAGUCUUCAUCACCUCCCGCAAAGCGCAAGCCUGCGAAGAAGCCUGCGCGGCCCUCAACACCCUCCCUUGCUCCGGCAAAGCCAUCUCCGUCCCCGCCGACCUCUCGAAAGCCGGCGAGGUCGAGCGACUGGUCAGUGAGGUUGGCAAGCACACGGAUCAUGUCGACAUUCUGUUAGCGAAUGCGGGAGCGACGUGGGGAGCGCCGUUUGAUAAACACCCGGAGAAUGCGUUUGCGAAGGUGAUGGAUUUGAAUGUGAAGAGUGUUUUUGUUUGUAUACAGCAAUUUGCUCCCCUCCUCCGCAAGAACGCGACACAAGACGACCCCUCCCGUGUGGUCACCACCGCAUCCAUUGCGGGCAUUGGAGUCGGUACGCUCGGUGAAAACGCAACGUUCGCGUACUCGGCGUCGAAAGCUGCGGUGUUACAUCUUACCCGCAACCUUGCUCUCGAGCUCGGCCCUCAGCAUAUCCUCUGCAACUCCAUUGCACCCGGCUUCUUCCCGACCAAGAUGGCGAGCGGAUUGAUGGAGCUGACCGGCGGUCUGAAGAAGCUUGCGGCAGCCAGCCCGAAUCGAAGACUAGGCCACCCGGAGGAUAUUGCUGGCACGAUCGUGUAUCUCUGCUCGCGAGCAUCCGGCCACGUCAAUGGAGGCAAUAUAGUCUUGGAUGGCGGCAGCGUCCUCCAAGCCAAGCUGUAA